GAAGGAGAGAAGAGGAGAGAGAGUAUGAGAAAGAACUGGCAACGUGUGCCACAUUCAAAUCUGAUCUGAACCCCAGUCGGCUUCUUAGCAAAACAGCAGAAAACGCGGAACGAGAGAGAAUCGCGCGCGAACGACGUGUUGCUUCACGUAUGUAUGUCCGUCGCAAUGCAAUAUCCUACCGGCGAGGAGACGCGUAGUGCGCGCGGUAUCGCAACGACGAUCGGCGGUGUAACUGCGGUGUAGUGGUGUAUGUGAAUGUGCGUGUGAGACGUGUCGUGGCGUGGCGUCUGUACGUUUCUCUCUCUUCCCGUCUUCCUCUAACACACUGUCUCGCGGCUAUUCGUGAGCUUGACACAUACGAAGGUAUACAAACGAGCACAGACGCAUCUCUCACAUAGCUCUCUCUUUCUCUCUCUCUUUUUCCUUCCCCUUUGUGCUGACUACGAACACGACGACGGCGGUUUUUUAUCCCUCCGGUUCCUUCAUCACGCGCGUACAAAUUUUCGCGCGCGUUCGCGCCCGCGUUCGUUUGCUCGCAAGCACGCAAUUUCAUGUAAAUGUCACGGGCGCGCGGUGGCAUUGUAGCCGUGUCGCGAACGAAGUUCCACACGACGUGGAAUUAUGUGCAUGGAUAUCCAGUUUAAUGAGAAGAUGGGCGACAAAAGCGUCGACGAAGACGUACAGAUCAUUGAAGCCCGUAUCAACAAAGAUUUCGAUAAGGUUGUUGUUAAACAAGAACGUCCAGACGAUGCGGAAAUCCGUGAAUUGGCUGCCAAAAUGGUGGAAGCACACAAGGCGAAAAUGUUAGCGGCAAACAUGCCACCGGUGCAACAACAACAUAGGCAACAGUGUCUCGUACCACAGCCUAAUCUCCCUGGUAUUCUUGGAUAUCUGAACAAACGGCCGACUGACGGGCAGCCCACACCGAAACCUCCGGCGAACAGUUUGGAAAAUAAAGUACCGCCGCCUGAUGAUGAGAGCCAGAGAGGACGAUUCGGCUGGACGAGCUUCGACGAAUGUCACAUACCUUAUAUAUUUCGCUCCGGCGAAAAAUAUUGCGCUGUACGAAUCUUAGAAUCUAAGCUUCUCAACAAGUACCUGAGUUAUCUCCAUUCGGACAUCUACAGUUGCACGUGUAUAAGGAGUUAUUAUAUUACGGAGGCCGAAAGCAAACUGUUUAACGAGAUCAACACCAGGCACUGUGAGAAUCAAUUCGGAAGGGACGUAUUCACGUCCAAAGACCUGGUAGUGCGUCUCUCGGAUGCCAAGGAGUUUUAUACGUUUCUUGAUGUAUGUUACACCAAAUUGACCGCCGGUACCAAUCCGAAUGUGACGAAUGGACGCAAGGCGGAGAAAUGUGGUUUCAUACGAAUAAACAGGGAAUCCGUGGUCCCUUACACGGUGAAAGACGGUCUACAAUACGUGCCGCUGUUUUAUUUCGAGGGCGAAACGGAAAAUCUCAAGCUGAAGGCGGAAAAGCUCGAGGGCUGGGAUUUGUCAUAUUUGAAAUUUUGCUGCAAAGUACAGGGUAUACGUAACGAAUUGUUUGCACAUGACACUUGUUUUGUGAUCAGUUUAAAUGAUAUUAAGAGUUAUUUUCCACCUGGUACCGGCUUUGAGGACUAUUGGCCAACCAAAGUUAUGGACUCGCAAUUAUUGGUGAACAGUAACGGGAGCGGUGCCGGUGGUGGAUGGACGAAACAACCGCCUACACCGCCAGCGACUAAGCCUACUUCUGUGCAAAGUGCGAAUAAAGUGGCACCUCCUCUAAACACACGUACCGUACCGAUGCCUAAUAUGAUACCACGGGGGACCGUCGUGAGUACUGCACCGCAAAUGCCGCGAGUAGGACAGCCGAGGCCAGUAGUGACAACACAUCCCGCGCAUUCUUCCCCAUCGGGACUUCCCUCCGGUAGAUCAAACAUAGUGUCUAUGUCUCAGCCUAUGUUGAAUACCGUUCAGAGUGUGGUUAACGGCUGGUCAGGCCUCGUCGGCGGUCAACCUACCUUUCAAACGGCACUCGGCUCUCAGGCUAGCAUUAUACGAGCGACUCUGAACAAUGUGAUGCACAACCAACAAAUGACCGCUCCUUCCAAAACUUACUCUCAACAGUCUAGAAGUAGAGCUAGUAGUAGCGGAGCGACAGCUCAGUAUCCUGUGUAUCCGUCGACAACCAUGCAGGGAGUUGUUCAAGCCCAACCGCCACCUCUUAUAAGAGCAACUGUUCACUCCAAUCAACCUAAUCUCGGUUAUCCCACCUAUGGGAAGGAUGACUGGGUGACUACUACAUAUACGACACCUACGUUAGGUGUACCUAAUGCAGUCACAGCAAGCACAUAUCCACAAAUGCUUGGUUUAAGUGAACAAGUCCAAGCUUUAAUGCCAGUACCUACAUCAGCAUCAACCUUAUUACAUCAACAAAGGCAUACACCGUCUGUACAUAACACGUCUCACGCAAAGUACCCACCCCCUCUAAUACCAGUCAAUGGUAGCAGCGGUAGUAGUAGUUCCAGGGACACUCGAGGAAGGAAACCGUUGAUACCAAUAUCAGAAUCACAUAUAACUACUUGUCAUGUACAACCAUACCAAAUACAGAAAGCACUAAUUGAAGAAAAGAUGGUACCCUGUAUUAAUUUCAAACCUUACAUUUAUACUGAACUAUUGAUGACACUUCCUGACUUUAUUUCCAAUUUUUUUCCUGCCUGUGACAUCGACAGUUGUAGACAGGUUCUAACAGAUGUGCUACAUAUAGAUUUAUAUCAAGGAAAUAGACUGCAGAUGAAAAUGUUAAUGGAAGCGGGAAAAUGUUCCUCGCUAACGGAAGAUCUACCUUUAAUUCAAGUUAGGAGUAUAAUGAAAUAUAUGCCACAGUUCAAGUAUAUGUUUAAUAGAGGAGAUAUGGUUAUGCCUUCCCCAGCUCAUUCGUCUGAAGAGCACCCCGCCAAAAAGCGUCAACGUACUAGCUAGGAUUGGCUACAGCCUUACUGGCCUACUUAUGAUUAUUAUCAUUCGGCAUUCUAAAUAAGCCGAUAAUUUGACGAUCAAAGUGCGAUGACAUCGUAUUUGCGGGACGCCUUCGAGAGUGAUAGGCGUAUAUUUAAAUAAAAGAUUCCAACUCGCGUAUGAUGCGCGAUGAAAUUAUAUAUUGACUGAUGCCUCAAGUGUAGAGUGAUACAGUGGUGAGCUAUUUCUUUCUCCAAAGUGUGUUUACUGAAGAGGACAUGACUAUGUAAAUAAAAUUGAACCAUGUAAAUUUAAAAUAUUAUGGUUGAUAAUUAAGAUUUGCUUUGUACGUAAAAGAAUUUAUUUUAUUUUCAUUUUCACAAAGCCUGUUAUGAUGUAAGGGCUAUUACAUUACUGCAGGAUGGAUUUAUUUUAUUUUCAUUUUCAAGGCCUGUUAUGAUGUAAGGGCUAUUACAUUACUGCAGCAAAAUAGACUUGAGAUAAAGAAUGA